UGUUUCAUCCCUUGGCGGUUUGGCCCCGCCCUGUUGGCGGCCGAGAGAGCGCCUGUGCCUCUUCUGAUUGGCUUAGCCUUUCGCGGUUUCCUGUAGCUCGUCUCGCCAUUGGCCCGGGGCGGCGUGGAGUUGGAAUGUUUGCAAAAGCGAAGGAAUUUCAAGGCGCACGCGGUGGAAAGAGCGCCGGUGGCCACACCAAUAUUGGCGAGAAGGGCGGGGCACGGGAGUAGGGGAUAACGCGGUCGCCGCAAGUGUCUGGCGGCUGUCCGGCUGGCCAUGCUUUUAGCUCAGGGUACAGUUUGCCACCAACGUCCUGAAGGACUGCUGGCCACUGAUGCCGCCGAAGAGGAGCCUCGCUACCUGGGGAAGGCGACUUUGGAGACGCGCUACCGCCUGGGAGCAUUGAUUGGUAGCGGUGGCUUUGGCACGGUUUACUCAGGAACGCGGCUCAGCGAUUCUCUCCCGGUGGCCAUUAAAUAUGUUGCCAAGGACCGAGUCUUGCAGUUCCAUCACAUGAAUGGCACCCUUGUUCCACUUGAAGUUGUUUUGCUAAAGAAGGUGUCAUCCCCAGGUUGCCAAGGCAUUAUCCGCCUCCUGGAUUGGUUUGAGCAGCCUGACUCGUACUUCAUUGUUAUGGAGCGCCCCCUUGUCUCUCAGGAUCUGUUUGACGUCAUCACUGACAGGGGUCCACUCCCUGAAAGUUUGGCCGCUGGUUAUUUCCGGCAGGUGGUGGAGGCGGUGCACCACUGCCAUUUGUGUGGCGUAUUGCACCGGGACAUCAAGGACGAGAACAUUUUGGUAGACCUCCUGCAGGGUGAUCUAAAGCUCAUAGACUUUGGUUCAGGUGCAUUGCUUCGGGAUUUUCCAUAUACAGACUUUGAUGGCACCCGGGUAUACAGCCCUCCUGAAUGGAUAAAGUACCACCGGUACCAUGGCCUGCCUGCCACCGUGUGGUCGUUGGGCAUACUGCUUUACAAUAUGGUGUGUGGGGACAUCCCUUUUGAGCGUGAUGAGGACAUCCUCCUUGGGAAACUCCACUAUCACUGCAGGGUAUCCUCAGACUGUCGUCAUUUGAUUGAAUGGUGCCUCUCGCUAGCCCCAGAGAAGUGACCGUCCCUGGAGCAGAUCCUGGCCCAUCCCUGGCUCCUCGCCUGUUUGGAACAAUGUGGAUGCAAAGCGCAGCAGCCCACAGUCCCUAAAGCCGGCACUAGCCUGUGACUAUGGUGGCCUCUGGAUACUGUUAAUGACGACACUUCCAUUCCUGUCCAGCCAUUCCACGUGUGAACCCAGCUUCUAGUGCCUUCACCUGAUGGGGGGGGGUUAACCUCAUCUUCCUUUCAUUCUGUUUUAUAUGUUGGAGGGAAAACAAAGGGAGGGGGCAAACCUAAUCAAGAAGUAAAAACAAGGGGGGAAAUCCGUAAGACAAGAUUUUUUUUCCCCCUUGAAGCUGACUUUUUUUAAAAAAAGUCUUGGCUAGUGCCAAGACUCUCCUGUACAAAAGAUGACCUCAGUUUUGUUUGCCAGUUUGAAUUGAAUGUGAUCAAAGGAAGAUUUAGGAGUUUCUGAAAGCAUUGGUUGAAUAUUCUGUCUCUGCUGGCGCCGACUAACAGCAUGAAGAAUCCUCAGUUUCUGUUUUGACAGCUUGAAGCUCUCUGUAAACAAGGAUAGCCAAUGUGGCAACCACUCAAUGUUUCUGUUGUUGGGACUCCCAGCUUGUAUCACCCCCAAUCAGCAUGACCAAUGGUAAGGGGUGAUGGGAGCUGUAGUCUGAAGAAGGUCUGGAGAGCACCAAGUUGGCUAUCCUUGCUGUAGAAGUCUCUCUUCUCGCAGGUCUCCAGUUUUGUCAGCUCCUUCUGGGAGAGUUGGGAACUGAAUUUGGCCAGUGCUUGUAGAUGCUCCAGAGUGUCCCCCACUCCGCUGCUUUGAUCACAGCCCACCCGAGUGGUGGCUUCCAAGUGCAGAUGAGGUCUUUAGUGAUGCAGAACAGGCUUGGUGGUGCCACAGAUUUUUUUCUGAAGCUGAAAUUUGUACUUUCAGCCAUGGAUGGAGUAACCCCCUCCUUUUGUGUGUGUGUGUUUUAGAGGCUGAGAGGAGCCCACAGCAUCGACUCUGAAACUAGUGAGCAUGUAGCCCUUAGAUCAUUGGAAAUAAUUAGGCCAGAGCAUUCUUUUAAUGGGAGGUUGUUCUUUGAAAGGGCAGUGGCAGGGGCUCUGUCAGCUCCUUUUAUUGGCCCUAGAGAGGAUUCAGGGUUUGUUUGUUUUUUGGGAUAGCUAGUGGUGCCCAAUUUCUGGGAGAUUUUUGGUCCUUUUCAAGCCUAGUGGUAGGACAGCCCUUCUGGCUAAGUUCCCUCCUCUCACUGUAGAAUUCCUCUAUGCCAAUUACAAGAGGAGAGGUGGAUACUGGCUCCAUGGGAGUUGCUUCUGAUAGUGCCUAAUUGAGUAUGAGAUGCAUCCUGUUCUUCAGGGAGACUUGGACAGUUACGUUCCCCUACACAGGCCUCCAUAAAUCAUGGCCAGCCUUGACUAGCCAGCCAAAAUGUGUGCUUGCCACAAACCUGCCCAUCUGCAGGGUGAGAGGGGCAGGGCCUUGUUGUCACAGUGUGUUAAGAUCCAGGGUGCCUUUUCUUUUUCCAGCUCUUGAGUUCAAAAGGGAAGCAAGGGCUCAACCCGUUGUGCUGAGCCUCUGAGAUACUUGGGAAGCAGUGAGAAGUCUAGAUGCUUUCCUGAGUCUCCAAGGCUCAGUGCGGCAUCAGGUAGACCCUCCAUCCAGUACCCUGAACACAGGACAGGACAGAAGCUCUCCCUGAUACUCAUGCACCCCAAGCUGAUACCCUGGUGAGUUGAGCAGUCUUAAAAUGGUUGCUGGUACUGCCUUAAGACACAGUUGACACAAGUGGAGCCUGGGGCAGAGUGCUAGCCGAGGGGGAUAGGGGCUGUGAGAACCAGAAUCCAGCCUGGGGAACUGCAAGCAUUUGUUUCUGACCCUGCUACCUCUGGCAACAUAGCUGAAGAGUAUUUAUGCACCAGUUCAGCAUCUGAUUUCUGUAUAUGUCAAAUCUCUUGUGUGUAUGUGUUAAUUUUGUUACUGCCUCCCAAUGCACAUUUGUGCUGCCCCUUUUCUGGGUUUAAAUAAAGUUUUUCUAAGAAAAA